GUCCGUCCAACCCCUCUAAAACAUCAUCACACUAGUACCAUAAAUCAAUAUGUCUGCACAACCCGCCCACCUCUGUUUCCGCUCCUUCGUUGAGGCCCUCAAGGCGGACAACGACCUUGUGGAAAUCGAUACCCCCAUCGACCCCAAUCUCGAAGCUGCUGCUAUCACCCGUCGAGUAUGUGAGACCAACGACAAGGCUCCUCUCUUCAACAACCUCAUUGGCAUGAAGAAUGGCCUCUUCCGUAUACUUGGGGCUCCUGGCUCUCUCAGGAAGUCGUCUGCUGAUCGCUACGGCCGCCUUGCUCGUCACCUAGCCCUCCCGCCUACGGCUUCAAUGCGUGAGAUUCUUGACAAGAUGCUCUCCGCCAGCGAAAUGCCUCCCAUUCCUCCAACUAUUGUUCCCACCGGGCCAUGCAAGGAGAACAGCUUAAAUGACUCCGAGUUCGACCUCACCGAACUCCCCGUUCCUCUUAUUCACAAAUCGGAUGGUGGUAAAUACAUCCAAACCUAUGGUAUGCACAUUGUGCAGUCUCCUGAUGGAACCUGGACCAACUGGUCUAUUGCCCGCGCGAUGGUCCAUGACAAGAACCAUCUGACCGGCCUGGUUAUUCCUCCUCAGCACAUCUGGCAGAUUCACCAGAUGUGGAAAAAGGAGGGCCGGAGUGAUGUUCCCUGGGCUUUGGCUUUUGGUGUCCCACCCGCGGCCAUUAUGGCCUCCAGCAUGCCCAUCCCAGAUGGUGUCACCGAAGCUGGGUACGUGGGCGCUAUGACGGGAUCUUCCCUAGAGCUCGUCAAAUGUGAUACGAACGAUCUAUACGUCCCCGCUACCUCAGAAAUUGUCCUCGAAGGUACUCUGUCUAUCAGCGAGACUGGUCCAGAAGGACCUUUUGGUGAGAUGCAUGGUUACAUCUUCCCUGGGGAUACCCAUCUUGGCGCCAAAUACAAGGUCAACCGGAUCACCUAUCGCAACAACGCCAUCAUGCCGAUGUCUUCUUGUGGCCGCUUGACAGAUGAAACACACACCAUGAUUGGCUCUCUGGCUGCGGCGGAGAUCCGUAAGCUCUGCCAGCUGAAUGACCUUCCCAUCACUGAUGCCUUCGCUCCUUUCGAGUCACAAGUCACCUGGGUUGCUCUGCGAGUCGAUACUGAGAAGCUACGUGCGAUGAAGACGACAUCUGAGGAAUUUCGCAAGAAAGUGGGAGAUGUUGUCUUCAACCACAAGGCCGGAUACACUAUUCAUCGCCUGGUUUUGGUCGGUGACGACAUUGAUGUCUAUGAAGGAAAGGAUGUCCUCUGGGCAUUCUCCACCCGCUGCCGUCCUGGAAUGGAUGAGACUUUGUUUGAGGACGUUCGUGGAUUCCCUCUGAUUCCGUACAUGGGACACGGAAAUGGGCCCGCCCACCGCGGCGGAAAGAUUGUGUCCGAUGCUCUCAUGCCAACUGAAUACACCACUGGUCGCAACUGGGAGGCUGCUGACUUCAACCAAUCUUAUCCGGAGGAUCUGAAGCAGAAGAUCUUGGACAAUUGGACCAAGAUGGGUUUUAGCAACUAACCAUAUCUGUCUUGAUAUUAUUUUGAAUUGAUAUGGCAG